GAACGGAUAGUGCCUCACAUUGCACAGGAUGUAGUUGACAAUGGCGACAUGGCGUGGAAUUUCUCGCGCGCCGGUCGAGAGAUACACGAUCAAGGAAGUACGGUUGUAGAUGUUGAGAAACGGACGACAUGUCUUCCGAAGAAAAACCAUGAGAGCUUCCUCGCCUUCGUCCAGUACGAGCUCCGUGUACACCAGCGCCGAUGAUGCACGCCGGUGUACCGGCUACGAAAGGACCCAGUUCCUCGACUUGGAGGAUGUCGGGACCGUCUGGCUCCUCGGCUCGCACUUCUCACACGAUAGGUCGAAACAAAUGCUCGAGAAAUUUAAAAUAAACAAAACGCAUUUUCGCGUGCAACACAUUAUCAUAAUCGGCGCUGUUGUAGCCGCGUUGAUAAUCGCUAUAAUUAUUGGUCUAAGUGUGCAUGCACGCAGCGGUACGUCAGACUCGCAAAAUAAAAAUGAAUUUUUAGUACCGCCCGAUCCAGAAAACUUUCAGCCACCAUCGUGGAGUAAAUUGAGAACUUUCAAACGCGGUGCCGUUUGCGCAGACGGAGCACCAUGCGCUGUUAUUGGCAAAUCAAUUUUAGAAAGAAAUGGGUCGGCGGUGGAUGCUGCGCUGGCCGCAUUAAUAUGCAACGGACUCGUGAACAUGCAAAGUCUAGGCCUCGGUGGUGGAUUUCUGAUGACAAUUUAUCAAAGAUCCACGCGUCGGGCGUUUAUUCUCAACGCAAAGGACCGCGCACCUUUGGCCGCGAAUUCUACGAUGUACAAUGGCAAACCCCAAAAUACAUCUCCGUUAGGCGCACUGUCGAUUGCUGUGCCCGGUGAACUGGCCGGUUACUGGGAAGCUCAUCAACGAUUUGGUAGAUUGCCAUGGACGGAUUUGUUCAAGCCUAGCAUCGAGCUCUGCGAAAAAGGCUAUGUCCUGACACUAGUGCAAUAUGACGGUUUUGCAUAUAAUAAGAAAAACAUUUAUAACGAUCCAACUUUAAGAGAACUAUUUGUCGAUCCUAUGACCAAUGAAUUUCGCAAGCCAGGCUCAGUAAUUAAACCUUGCGCGCUUUGUGAAACGCUGCGAGUUAUUGCCGAGAGAAAUGUGACUGAAUUUUAUAAUGGUACGAUUGGACAACUUCUCGUCAACGAUUUACAGGAACAAGGAGGAAUCAUAACAAUGAAGGACCUUAAUGAGUACAGAGUUUCGUGGGACCAACCAAUGCAGACAAAUCUUUCGAAUGGUAUAAAACUCUUGACUACGGGAUUACCCGGUGGAGGAGCUCUUCUCUCGUUUAUUCUCAAUGUCUUUGACGAUUAUGGCUUCACACCGGCCAGCAUAGCCGAUUUUAAUUCGACCAUCCUUACAUAUCACAGAAUGAUAGAGACGUUUAAAUACGCAUUCGCAUUAAAAACGAAUCUGGGUGACGGAUCUUUUGUCGAUAUGACUGAAAUAACCAGAAAUUUAACAUCGAAGAGCUACGCGCGGGUGAUACGAAAAAAAAUAGAUGAUACGAAAACGUGGCAAGAUCCACGGCACUACGGCUCUCCUACCUAUGCUAAUGUCGAAGACCACGGUACCGCACACAUAUCGGUACUGGCACAGAAUGGCGAUGCAGUAUCGGUUACUAGCAGUAUCAACUUUUAUUUUGGAAGCGGAAUUGUCAGCAAAAAAACCGGCAUUUUGUUAAAUAAUGGCAUGAACGACUUUAGCAUUCCGUCGCAAUUCAAUUUCUUCAAUAUGCCGCCAUACCCUAACAAUUAUAUCGCACCUAAAAAGCAACCAUUGUCCUCGAUGGCGCCGUCCGUUCUGGUCGAUCGACACGGUGACGUCAAGAUGGUUAUGGGUGCCGCCGGUGGGACGAAAAUUACGACCGCGGUGUCGCAAAUAACCGCGAAGAUACUUUGGAUGAAGCAGACAGUUAAGGAAGCGGUAGAUUCGGCGAGAAUACAUCACCAGCUAUUUCCGCCGGAAAUCUCUUACGAAUAUGGGAUUCCUAAGCAGGUGAUCGAUGGUUUGAAAAACUUGGGACAUGCCACAACGCGCUACAGAACUCGCGGUAGCGUAGUCUGCGUCAUACUGUAUGAAAAUUCCACGAUUUUUGCAAACGCUGAUUAUCGCAAAGGCGGCGAUGUAUACGGAAUCGAUUAAUUCGCGUACGUGAAUUACUGAUUCAGCCAUCGCAUAAAGGAGAAAAACCAAAAACGUAGGUAGAACUAAUAUUGCAAUGUAUUACUUAUCUAAUUAAUAUUUAACAAUAAAUCAAAUUAAAAUACAUAUAAAUUAUGUAAAAUAUAAAUCAUAUUAUCAAUAUUGAAAAAAUAAGUAUCACUAAUAAUAAAAUUAAGGACGUAUCAAAUAUUGUUUUGCAUAUAAAGCCAAACAAGAUAAAAUUUAAAAAAUUUAUUAAAAAAGAUAUCAUUGUGUCUAUUAAAAAAAAAGAUUAGAUUGGAAUUCAACGAUAUUCUUAAUUUUAAGCUUUGUUAUCUCUGAUGAGAGGCUUUAUUGUUAAUGACUUAUUUUUUUUUUUUUUUUAUUAAUAUUGGGACUUGGUUAGGGGAUAUGAGAGCGAAUGGUCAUGUGGCGGUGAUAGUGCGUGGAUAGAGUUAAGUAGGUAUUUAGAGAUUUAGGAUGAAAAAAUAGAAGUGAAUGAGAAGAGAGGAGAGUAAAGUUGCUGGAAAAUUUAUUUAAUUAGAUUGUAAUAUAGAUAGGGUUUUUGCGAUUAGAAUGGUACAAUAAGAUAUGUUAUAUUAUGAUAAACAUGCUAGGAAAAGAAAAGAAAAAAGACAACUAACAAGGUACGGAAUCUAGGACUAAGGAUUUAUAGAAAUAAUUUUUAGUAGAGAAAAGUGAAAGGAAUGUUUAGGGAAAGAAAGGAGGAAGGAAAAAAGGGAAAGGUUUUUGUAGUAAGAUUAGUAAAUAAAGUAUAAGAGAGAAUAGUUAUAAGGAUGUAUAGUUAUAUAUAUAUAUAUAGAUUGAAAGAAAGAAGACUGUAACACAAAGUGACGAUAGGAAGAUAGUGCGAGAAAAAUGUUUAGAUAGGAUUAUAUUGUAUUUUAUGUAGGAUUCUCUCUCUCUCUCUCUCUCUCUCUCUCUCUCUCUCUCUCUCUCUCUCUCUCUCUCUCUCUCUUCUUGGCCAUGAGAUACUGAAGAGAAUAAAGUUUAUUAUUAUAGGUAGAAUUCUUGCGAUAAAAAUAAUGUAGGAUUAUAGCGGAGCAAUAAGAUUGGAUAUGUUAUAUGAUAUAAAUAAAGCCAUGCAACGUAUCAGUUAAGAUAGAUGGAUAGUUGGAGGAUAAAUGAAUGGAGAUGUGUGUGUGUGUGUGUGUGUGUGUGUGUGUGUGUGUGUGUGUGUGUGUGUGUGUGUGUGUGUGUGUGUGUGUGUGUGUGUGUGUGUGUGUGUGUGUGUGUGUGUGUGUGUGUGUGUGUGUGUGUGUGUGUGUGUGUGUGUGUGUGUGUGUGUGUGUGUGAUAGAAAAAUUGUAAAUCCCCUUCUUAGCACUGUAAUGUUGAAGUGAAUAAAGAAUUAUAUUUUUAUUAGAAUUUUCAAAAAAUAUGAUAUAUAUUUUACAUAAUUUACACAUGUUUUACAUAAUUUACAUGUAUUUUAAUUAAUUUUUAUUUAUUUUAUUAUUCAAUAUUAAUUACAUACAAUAAUACAAUGCAAUUAGUUUUGACCAUAUUUUUUUAUUUGCAUCACCUUACUGUAUAAACUUUCUACAUGAGCUAAUGAACUUUGUUUAAGCAGCGUUGAUUCUCAUAAUUAUCAUAACACCGAUGUAUGUAUGCGAUCAAUCUUGAUAUCGUUAACGGUGAAAUGGUAAUACCAGUAUUAUUGUUCAAUAUAAUUUUCAUACUUUCUCGCUUAUUGGUUACACCUUGUCCUUGCAUUGUUUUUUCCAAUACCAUGCAUAUCCAUAUUAUAUUCCAUAUUAUUUUCAAUUUAUUAUCGUCUCUUGUACUUUCGUGAUAUUUACUAAUGCAAAUGAGGUUUAUAUCUAACACUGUAAGUACAAGAUAUGCAUUUUUUUCACUCGUAUAAUUGAUAUAAUUUCGUACAAUUCGAAUUCUUAGCGCAGCUGUACAGUGUUUCGUAGACGUGACACUUAUUGAAAACUUACAACCUUGCCGUACUUUUUAUAGGUAUAAACCCUUGAUGGCAUUGUCGUGAUUUAUUUCCUCUUUUAACCUAUUCCAUAUCAUGUACCAGACCUCAAUUUCCGUAGUCACAUAUUCUAGACUACUCUCUCUGUAAAAUUCUGUAACAAACUUUUUUAUUAUAACUCAUGAGUAAUAAAAUUUUUUAAAAUUC